UGAAGUUUUCCUCCAACUUUACAUUCAGCGCGGACCAGCCCCCAGAUCAACAGCAUGGCUCCAUGCAACAAGUGGUGGAUUUUGUGCGCAGUUUUGGUUUCCUGUGUCGCCCGUUUUGGGUCCUGCAGAAGACAUAAAGCCGAUGGAGCUCAACCAGAGCUCUUCAUCUUCAAUGAGCUGUGCGCCCUGAAGGACGAGCCGGGGCCCUGCAAGGCCAUUAAAGAACGAUUCUUCUUCAAUGUGGACACAGGAGGCUGUGAGCUGUUUGAAUACGGAGGCUGUGGGGGCAACGAGAACAAUUUUGAGACCCUGGAAGCAUGUGAGGAAACAUGCUUGGUCUCAGAUGACAAGAGCCCGUGUCACCUACCCGAGGCUCCUGGUCCCUGUCGAGGACUCCUGACGCGAUACUUCUUCGACAGCAUGAGUCAGCAGUGCAAGCAUUUAUUUUACGGCGGCUGCUUUGGCAAUGCCAACAACUUCAGAAGCAUGGCGGACUGCCAGGCCAAAUGUCAGAACCCAGCAGAACCCACUGAGGCACCAGAAGGCCACAUAAUGUCUGCGAGAAGAUCUGACAUUGUGCAGCCGACCAGGAUAACUGGGGAAUCAACUGUAGCUGAACCUCAGGUGCAAGCAAAUGUCACUAAUCCAGAGCCAAAAGAGGUGAAGCCUACAGACCUGUGCCUUAGUCCGGUGGAAAGGGGAACAUGUGAUGGGGCGGAGAAGAGGUUUGCCUUCAACUCUAAUACCAAGAGAUGCCACGCAUUCCACUACAGCGGCUGCGAGGGGAACGAGAACAACUUCCAGUCCCGGAAAGACUGUAUCAUCAAGUGCAUUAAACGCAGAAAGGCUCAUGGGAGAGGGACGAUUCGGAUAAGGAAGAAAAACCUGAACAGCAUCGUGAAUCGCUCAGUCUGAACACUUGGCUCUGAAUUAGAUCCUGCAACACUGUGGAGCCACCUGUAUUUAUGUCCAUCUAAGUCUAGCUUUACUCAUAUCUAUUGUUUUCUAUGGGUGCAGUACUUGUAUAAAAGUCAUGUAUUGUACCGAAUUCCCUCGUAGAGUUUGAAUGCAAUUAUAAUCUUUAUUUACUUUGUUUUAAUCUUGACAAGGACACAUUUGUCUUGCUGAUCUCAACACUGAUGCUGUGUGUAUCAAUGCUUGUUUUUAAACGUUAUAUUGUGUCAUUUUGAUUUUACAGUUUCAGGGCUCUACAAUACGGAAAUCCUCAAUUUUUAAGUCUGAUCUAGAUUGUUCUCUCAACUGUGUCUGUGGGAAAAAAAAAGUGAAGUGAAGUGUAUUCAUGUUUUCUGAGUUUCAACUUCUCCAUGCACUAUAUAACGCAAUGAAUCCUUUUCAAUUUUAUAUUGCAAAAUGUUUUUGUCUGUCAUAAUGUUUUCCUUUUUUCUGUCACAAACGCAGAAGGAGAAUCUGUUUAAUUAAGACUUAGAGAGUUGAUAACCAAUUUGUUUUGCCUCUCCGGUCUUCCAUACUGUUAUAAUCAUACUGAUAUCUUUUUUUGUGGGAAACACCAAAGUUUAAGCAUUAUUCUCGUUCAAUAACAUGAAUGCUUAUUACAGUAUGUAUUGUGUGUG